AUGUUCGAGAGAAGCCAGAAAAAGCACAAAUUAUGCACGGAAAUUUCAGACAGGAGAAAGGAGAAACCCCAACCAUCAGUGAGCUGCAAGUCCUACAAAGAAGAACAUGUUCUUGAUGAUUCUGGACUCUAUAGAUGUGGGGACUGUGGAUCACUCUAUGCCAUUCCUCUUGUUUUAGCGAGGCAUCUCAAGUACAAACAUGGACACUAUGGUAUCGUCCCACCAGCAGGUGCAUCAAAGGAAGACAUUCUACAGUUCAUCAAAGGAGAAAUCAGAAGUACUAAAAAAAACUAUGUAUGUAAUCACUGUGGCAAGGCAUUUGAUCUAAUAAAUAAUCUCACAAAACAUAAACAAAUCCAUACAGGUGAGAAGCCCUAUGUUUGUUAUCAAUGUGGUAAGGCAUUUAAUCAAGCUGGUGAUCUCACAAAACAUAAACAAAUCCAUACAGACAAGAUGUCCUAUGAAUGUGAUCAAUGUGGUAAGGCAUUUAAUCAAGAACAUAAUCUCACGAGACAUGAACGCAUCAAUACAGGAGAGAAGUUGUAUGUAUGUGAUCAAUGUGGUAAGGCAUGUAAUCAAGCUGGUGAUCUCAAGAAACAUAAGCGCAUCCAUAUAGGUGAGAAGCCCUAUGCAUGUGAUCAAUGUGGUAAGGAUUUUAAUAAAGCAAGUAAUCUCAGAACACAUAAACGCAUCCAUACAGGAGAGAAGCCCUUUGUAUGUGAUCAGUGUGGUAAGGCAUUUAAUCGUGAAGAUGGUCUCACAACACAUAAACGCAUCCAUACAGGUGAGAAGCCCUAUGCAUGUGAUCAAUGUGGUAAGGCAUUUAAUAGUGCAGGUAAUCUCAGAACACAUAAACGCAUCCAUACAGGAGAGAAGCCGUAUGUAUGUGAUAAAUGUGGCAAGGCAUUUAAUCGUGAAGAUGUUCUCACAAGACAUAAACGCAUCCAUACAGACGAGAUGUCCUAUGUAUGUGAUCAAUGUGGUAAGGCAUUUAAUCAAGAACAUAAUCUCACAAGACAUAAACGCAUCCAUACAGGUGAGAAGCCAUAUGUAUGUGAUCAAUGUGGUAAGGCAUUUAAUCAAAUGAAUAGUCUCACAGCACAUAAACGUAUCCAUACAGGUGAGAAGCCCUUUGUAUGUGAUCAGUGUGGUAAGGCAUUUAAUCGUGAAGAUGCUCUCGCAACACAUAAACGCAUCCAUACAGGUGAGAAGCCCUAUGCAUGUGAUCAAUGUGGUAAGGCAUUUAAUGAUGCAGGUAAUCUCACAAAACAUAAACGCAUCCAUACAGGAGAGAAGCCGUAUGUAUGUGAUCAAUGUGGCAAGGCAUUUAAUCGUGAAGAUGGUCUCACAAGACAUAAACGCAUCCAUACAGACGAGAUGUCCUAUGUAUGUGAUCAAUGUGGUAAGGCAUUUAAUCAAGAACAUAAACUCACAAGACAUAAACGUAUCCAUACAGGUGAGAAGCCAUAUGUAUGUGAUCAAUGUGGUAAGGCAUUUAAUCAAGAACAUAAACUCACAAGACAUAAACGUAUCCAUACAGGUGAGAAGCCCUUUGUAUGUGAUCAAUGUGGUAAGGCAUGUAAUCAAGCUAGUGAUCUCAAGAAACAUAAGCGCAUCCAUACAGGUGAAAAGCCUUAUGUAUGUGAUCAAUGUGGUAAGGCAUGUAAUCAAGCAGGUAAUCUCAGAAAACAUAAAUGCAUCCAUACAGGAGAGAAGCCCUAUGUAUGUGAUCAAUGUGGUGAGGCAUUUAGUCAUCCAUCAUCAGCGUUACGUCAACAUAAAAAGGACUGUAAAGGAACAUUCUCUCGGUGCAUUAAUAUUCUUACACAAACGUCAAUGUACAAUGAUAAUGCAAAUGAAAUGCAGAAUCAAAUAUUCAUCAAAUGUGAAGGCUUCUGUUGAAGAAGAAAACGGACAAAAGGAUACUGAUUAAAAUUUUUGUCACCUUUCUUGUAUAAAAGAAUUAUUUUUGCCUCUUUCCAAGUGGCUGAAAUCUGUUGUUUUUCCAAUAUCUGGUUGAAUAGUUUCAGUAACUGUGUAAUUGUCUCCUCCCCUUCUUGUUUGAUAAUAUCACUUGUUAUUACGUCAUUUCCCGGUGCCUUGUUGUCCUUCAUACUGCUUACAGCUUCCUCAACUUCUCUCUGUAGUAUUGGCGGUAUGUCUGAGUUUCUGGAUGAGAUAUCUAUAUGAUCCUUCUGUUGUUUUUUCGUUGAACCAUAUAGUUCCUGGUAGAAAUCAGUGCAUAUUUCUAGUACGGUAGUUCCAAUCUCUCAGAAGGUAUAUUUCCAUCUUUUUGCUUCAAUUUGCUCAUUCUUGACUUUUUGCAUUCCAUCUUUUGUGUCUAAUCAAUAUUUAUGAAGAAAAAUGUAAUAAAAGAAAACUAACAAGGUAUUAAAGAAAAGAAGAAAAAGUUGACAUGUGGUCAACUGUUCUUUAUUGUAUCUUAUAUUGGUAUAUUGCCACAUUUGCCUAUAUGGUCAUCCCAUACCAGAGCAAUAUCCCACGUGACCAAGAAUACAAAGAAUGCAUAACUACAUGUAUAUAUAGAAAAAGGGAUAUUUCAAAAGGUUCACAAGACCGACAGCCUAUGAUCCCUACAAAACAAAGAAUUACAUAAAGGAAGAUAGACAUGUCAUGGGGUGUGUUGGUCUCACGGGUCAUUGUCUAGAUGAACCUUCUGAAAAGUGUCUUUGUGUCGGUCUCGUGAGCUGAUGGUCUAGUGAACUCUCAGAAUAGUUGACAAAAGGAUUGCGAGACCGACUAUGUCAGUCUAAUUGGCUGUCAUUCUGUGAAGGCUGUAGCUAGCAAUAAUAAAUAGAUACAUAAUAGAUGCAUCCUUUAUAACUGAUUAAUUAAUUAAAGCCUGUUUAUAUUAACUUUCAUCAAGCUUUAGUUUACUGUUUGAUACUCUUGGAAUUGAAUUGUUCAGAGAAGAUUAUUGUAAAUGUCUGAAGAUGAGGCAUGAAAUUUGUAAUGAAAUUAAUACCUAUUCUCUAUUUACAACAAUAUAUCAAAGUUUAAAAGAAAGAUGUUAAAUUUUACAUGUUAAAUGGUAAUUCAUCAUUGAGAUAUUUCCAUUAAUCUAAAUCAGACUAAACCAAAGUGAAGCAUAAUAAUGAUGUCAGUGCCUUUUAACCAAUCUUUAUAUCGUAAAUAAUGGUGAUUUAAGAAUAGCAGUUUUACGCUUGGUAUUCUCUUGUGUGCUUUUUCAAGCAUUGGCAUGUAGAUCCUAUGUAUACUAGAAAUUUCUCAUUUUUGUUCAUGAUUUCAGUUCAAUGAUAUGAGAAGAUGAAUAAGUUUUAUGUUCAUGUAAAUUUGCAAGUAACUAUUAAUAAACUUUUUUUCCUUUAGAUAAAUAUAGUUUUUAAAACCCUGUGAAUAUAUAGGACAAAGUUGCCUAUAUAUCAAUUCCUGCUAUUUGGCAAUAUUAUGCAACAGUUUCAAACUAAAAAUGUUGAGGCUACACGCAAUCUCUCUCAUAGCGUAUUGAUAGAGAUAGUUUUGACAUUCACGUUCAAAGGUCAAUAAACAAAUAUCCAUAGCGUGUGAGGGAGAUAGUUUUGACUUUCACGUUCAAAGGUCAAUAAACAAAUAUCCAUAGUGUCAUUAGCGUGUGAGGGAGAUAGUUUUGACUUUCACGUUCAAAGAUCAAUUCAUGAAGCUCCAUAGCGUAUCGAGGAAGAUAUUAUGUAUUUUCUGAUAUUUUAGAAUUAUUCGUAUUGUGGUGUAUGAAUAGAAUUUAUAAUAUUCAGUAUUGUUGCACGAAAUUGUAAUUAAUGUUUCUCUUACUAUAAUCGUUGAACAUGUUUUCUAAUUUCUUUUCCUCGGAAACAGACGAUGUCCAAGUGAAAUUGAAAUUACCGCAGUGAAAAGUGUUAUUGAUAUAUUUCAUAUUUGAAUUGUUCAAAUGUUGGUUGUUUUUUUAUUAAAAUGUUUAUUGCAUCUAAAAUGUUUGUUAUAUGUACUGUUUCUUCAUAUUGAAGAUGUUAUUGGAUUUUCACGAGUUGUUUUUGUAGACGACUUUUAUUAAAUUUGAUGAACAUCAAGUUCAA